GCGCUGUUUGAGGUUUCAUUCAGCACAGCUACUAUUCACCAUUUCCUUUUCCUUUGUUAUAUUUUCAUUCCACAAAUCUUUUAUCCUCAGUUUUUGUAGUUUUUAAACACAGAUACGUCUUUUGUGUUAUAUGUUUUUUUUUGUAGUGUGUGCAGAAACUGCUGUUAAAUAUGCUAUUAUCUUAUGGAAGUUAUGACGUGGAUUUUUGGUGCCUAAACAAAAUGCUGGAAAUUUCUGGAGCGUCCCAGAACAGUGUGAACCAACACGAUGACCUCGAGUGGGACCCCUACUGUUUGGGAUCAAUCGAGGACCACGAAAGGUCACUGGACUCGCUCAUCUACUCCAGUCAGCCAGCAGCUUUGACCUUGAAACGGACUCUUCAGUUUCUCAAAGUUGUGGACGAAAAUGCAGUCAGGUCUGAACAACUCAGGGAAAAGUAUGAACGGAAGGAAAGAUAUGACGAGAUAUUUCACGCUGAAGUCGUGAAGUUAGAGGAAUUCAUGGAGAGCAGUCGAAUAAAUGAUGAUGAUGGCAACGAAAUCGAGCUUGCGGGGGACACUUUCAAAGAAGUUAAAGCAAAAAUUAUCAAAAUAUCGACAAAUUGGAACCUUCUCAAGACAAAAUUCAAUUUGGAAGCCAAGAAACGAGCCUUCAUUCAGAAAGACAUUUCCAGCAAGAUAAUUGUGUGGAAAAUAUCCAAAUUCAUCGAGCACGUAGACACUUAUGCGUCGCGUCAUUUCUUUCCGCAAUCGGAAAUGGAUUUCAAGUCCGAACAUUUGGAAUCCAUAUCGCAGAAAAAUUUGGAAUCAGUGCAAGAAAUGGCGGAAGAUUUCUUCAGUUUUCAAUCUGUGGUGCACUAUGCUGAGUCUAGUCACGUGCUGGGCAGACACCAGACACAUCAGAUCCACACUUCAGCCGCAGAGAAAGUGCACCAGGUGCUGGACAACAUGAAACUAUUCCAGACUCAAUUGGAGGUCCAGUUUUUGAGAAAAGUAAGCCAGAGCGAGCAACAAUUCGAUCCAUCCAGAAAACGCAGUCAAGAUUCGGAGUGUGAAAACGAACUCAAAAAAGAUUUCGAAGACAAGAAUGACGUAACAAAUAAAAGGGAAAUUACCGAUGCUCAAAUCGAAGAACAUUUCACACUCACGACUUCCUUGAGAAGGAAUAUUUGCAGAGUUCAAAAAAGGCGCGACGACAGAGUGAAGGGACAAGCCGAGACUCGAAUUCUGGGGGCAGUUGAACUGAAUAAAACUGGAAAUGGCAGAAAGAAACAGUCGGCAGCUAAGGCGCCCAAGUCUGGUAAACCAAAACCCGAAGAUGUUCUUCCUUCGCACACCAAACUAAAUCUGAACCAUUACCCAGCCCACCUGCUAAUAACGCUCCACGCCAUCGCCGAUCACAUCGAAGAAACUCAGCAAGUCAUAGGGUAUCUGGAAACAGAAGUUGCCAAAGAUUUUUUUCCAAAAAACGAUUCUUGGUUCGGAAAAGUCACAGAAACUUGCAGUCGAUACUCAAUGCUUAUAGUUUGCGUCGCCUUGCCUCUUUUUUGCGUGAUCGGUUCAAUUUAUUUAAUAAGCCAUGGUGUUAGUAAUAAACUUAUAUGCAUAAAUCACCCUAAUGAUUUGUUACCAUGUUAAUAGAAAUUGUACAAAGUAGAAAUGAAAUAAAAACUCAUUAGUG